CAUUUUGUUGCAUGUUUCAAACUUGUGGGCCUUAUUCAACUAAAUCCAAAGCAUUUCACAUUUUUGAAAAAAAAAAGAAAAAGAAAAAAAAAAGAGGUUCUUCCAAGAUAAAUUCAUGAAAAGUCCAUCUUUUAGACAUCAAAAUAAUCUAAGCACAUGAUUUUGGAGCAUCACAUCAUCAUUUUCUCCAAGCAUCACACCAUUCACUUUUUCUUCAAGCUUCAUGGCAUUUGCUUUCUUUUCAAAUGAUAUUUCUUAUGAAUGCCAAUUUAAUGGGUUGCAAUAGUGAAUCGCCAGCUUCUCUUUUGAAAUUUGCUUGGCAUACUUAAUGAAGGAAAAUUCAUGCUUUAGGAUACAACCACACACACAUUAUCACUUUAGAGUAUAUUUAUGUUCCUUCAUCCUUAAUCUAUUGUUUGGCAUCCAUGUUUAUUUCUUGUCCUGCAUUCCCAUAAUCUUGUUUGAUUCUCUGCCUUCAACAAUUGAGAUAUGGAUUCAUACAUGGUCAAGCGUGAUUCUUCAUCAGUCAAGACACCAUUGAAAUAUUCAUCCAUGGAGAAAGCUUUGAUCGACAAAGGAUUCAGGAGAUCUUCAAUUGCAAGCAUUUUCUCCAUCGUUGACAAUUGCCAAGUCCAAGGGGCAAGCUUAGAAGGACAAGAACCAAGAGCAACCUCGAAGAGCAGAAGCUCAAACACAUCGCACUUUAUAUGGCUCUAGCGAUCAAGGGAUUCUCCAAGGAAAGGAAUGCAACUACUCAUUGAACAAUUGUACUUUGAGAGAUCUAGGAGUCAAAUUUUGCUAGGAACUUGAAUGCUACCAUGUUGAUGUACUUAGUGUGAUGUACUAGGCUUUUACUUUGUAAUGAAUAACCAUCUUUGUAAUGCAUGUUGAACUGCUUGUAAAUGUCUUCUCUAUAGCCCUUGGAGUCUAUGGAAAUCUCAAGGCGUUCAAAGAUAUUUUGCUUUAUCCGAGGCUCCUUAAGGAUUGGAAAUCGACAAUGUGUGAAUCCAUAUAGCAAUUGUUGAAGCACUAAAUCAUGCAAAAUUAUGGGAUGACUUCUAACAUUAGUCUGACUUUGUUUAUUUUUCUUUUACUUUUUGUUUGUAGGUAGGUUUCAUAAACUACUUCAAGAAGGAAAAAAAAAAAAUCAAGCAUGAUAGAUUCCCUAUGUUUUCUCACUCUUUGGAGCAAUGCAUCAUCCAUCUAGAAGGCAACCUUCAAUAUACUCUUAUAAGCUCACCAAGAUAUGAUGUUGAAGUGGACUUACACACAAGACAUGUGGAUCUAGAUUCAAUGAAUGAGGGGGCAAAUCUAGGACAUGGGGAAAUUUGAGUAUUAUUGCUCUUAAGGAUGAACCCCUACUUGACCUGACCAUUACUUCUGCCUUGGGGACACUUUGACCAAUUGGACAGUCAAGCUUUUCUCUGCUUCAUUCAUCCAUGAGUGGGAUGAGUCAGCUUUCUAGUAGCUCAGCUUGUGGCUACAUGAAAGGAGGGAAUAACAAGCUCUUUUAUAU